AUGACAGCUUCUGCUAGGAGGAGGAUAGCCUCCAUAGCCAAUCAUAUCAUGCCAGCUCAUCCAAACCAAAGUCAACCAGGUAAUACCAUUGGCACAAUGAACUGCAGCUCUUUAAUAAACAACAGUUUCCACCGGCUUCACGGCGAAGUUCCAACUCACAUUUCGGUAUGGUCUCCGGCGAAGGACGACUCCGGGAAGGAGUACACUGACAUUAUCUACGAAAAAGCUUCAGGAGAAGGCAUUGCCAAUGUCAGUAUAGACCUUAAACUGGAGAUCGGACAGAAUACAGAUAAACGGAAACCAGUGGAAGAAGAGGCGGAGAGGGGAGGACUGGAGGCCGGAGGCGGGCCAGGCGGCGACGGGAGAACUAGCGGAAGACUGGAGAACGAUCGAAGGGAACGGGCUGCUGGGCGAUUGGCGAACGAAGAGGAGGAGGAGAUGAAAAUCGAGAUUUGCCCAAUUCCAAUUGAACGAGAACUGAAGAAGGGAUCUUCUGCUAGGAGGAGGAUAGCCUCCAUAGCCAAUCAUAUCAUGCCAGCACAUCCAAACCAAAGUCAACCAGGUAAUACCAUUGGCACAAUGAACUGCAGCUCUUUAAUAAACAACAGUUUCCACCGGCUUCACGGCGAAGUUCCAACUCACAUUUCGGUAUGGUCUCCGGUGAAUGACGACUCCGGGAAGGAGUACGCUGACAUUAUCUACGAAAAAGCUUCAGGAGAAGGCAUUGCCAAUGUCAGUAUAGAGUAA